UGCACAGAGACGGACACCAAAAUAGCAAUCUGGCCAGGUAACAUGGCGAUCCUCGCCACUCUCGGCUGAGGUUUUCUCCCGAGACAUUGGUUUGCGUGUCGUGGAGGAUUAACCCUUGCAGCGCAUCGGAGGGAUAGAUAUCCCGAGGAGGGUAAAGACAGUUAACUAAAUCUGGGGAGAAGCGUAUAUCACCCGCAUCAGCAUGGCAGCAUCUGAGCUCUACACAAAGUAUGCAAGAGUGUGGAUCCCUGAUCCCGAGGAGGUGUGGAAGUCUGCAGAGAUACUAAAGGACUAUAAACCAGGGGACACUGUUCUUCAUCUACAUGUUGAAGAAGGCUCGGAUUUAGAAUAUCGUCUAGACACCAAAAAAAAGGAACUGCCUCCUCUGAGAAAUCCCGAUAUUCUGGUUGGAGAAAAUGACCUCACUGCACUCAGUUAUCUUCAUGAACCAGCCGUUCUUCACAAUCUCAAAGUCAGAUUUAUAGACUCCAAACUUAUUUAUACUUAUUGUGGCAUUGUCCUUGUAGCUAUUAACCCUUAUGAACAGUUACCUAUUUAUGGCGCGGACAUCAUCAAUGCAUACAGUGGCCAGAAUAUGGGGGACAUGGAUCCCCAUAUUUUUGCUGUGGCAGAAGAAGCUUACAAACAAAUGGCCAGGGAUGAACGAAAUCAGUCUAUCAUCGUAAGUGGAGAAUCUGGAGCAGGAAAGACCGUCUCAGCCAAAUAUGCCAUGAGAUAUUUUGCUACAGUUAGUGGUUCUGCUACUGAAGCUAAUGUGGAAGAAAAAGUUCUGGCCUCUAAUCCCAUUAUGGAAUCUAUAGGAAAUGCAAAAACGACAAGGAAUGAUAAUAGCAGUCGCUUUGGAAAAUACAUAGAGAUUGGAUUUGAUAAGCGAUACCGGAUUAUUGGUGCUCAUAUGAGAACCUACUUACUUGAAAAAUCAAGAGUGGUGUUUCAGGCAGACGAGGAGAGAAAUUAUCACAUCUUUUACCAGCUUUGUGCAUCUGCUUCUUUACCAGAGUUUAAGAUGCUUCGAUUAGGUAGUGCCAAUAAUUUCAAUUAUACAAAGCAAGGACGAAGCCCAGUAAUUGAAGGGGUUGAUGAUGAAAAAGAAAUGAGGAACACAAGACAAGCCUGCACGUUAUUAGGAAUUUCAGAAGUACAUCAGAUGGGCAUUUUCAGAAUUUUAGCUGCUAUACUUCACCUUGGCAAUGUGGAAUUUAAAGCACGCGAUUCUGACAGCUGCUUAAUACCGCCAAAACAUGCGCCACUGAACAUUUUCUGUGAGCUCAUGGGAGUGGAAUAUGAAGAAAUGUCUCAUUGGCUGUGCCACAGGAAGCUUGUUACUGCUGCAGAGACAUACAUUAAGCCAAUCACAAGGCUACAAGCCACCAAUGCUAAGGAUGCCCUGUCUAAGCACAUUUACGCUUACCUAUUUAACUGGAUUGUGUGUCACGUCAACAAGGCUCUUCUUUCAUCUGCAAAGCAAAGUUCAUUUAUUGGAGUCCUUGAUAUUUAUGGGUUUGAAACAUUUGAGAUUAAUAGCUUUGAACAGUUUUGUAUCAAUUAUGCAAAUGAAAAACUACAACAACAAUUCAACUUGCACGUUUUUAAACUGGAACAAGAGGAAUACAUGAAGGAGCAAAUUCCCUGGACCUUAAUUGACUUUUAUGAUAACCAACCCUGUAUUAAUCUCAUUGAGGCUAAAAUGGGUAUCUUGGAUCUGCUGGAUGAAGAAUGCAAGAUGCCGAAAGGCUCAGAUAAUUCAUGGGCUCAAAAGUUGUAUAACACGCACCUUAAGAAAUCAGCUUUGUUUGAGAAGCCACGUCUGUCCAACGUAGCUUUUAUUAUCAAGCACUUUGCAGAUAAGGUUGAAUAUCAGUGUGAAGGGUUUCUAGAAAAGAACAAAGACACAGUUUUUGAAGAGCAAAUUAAAGUGCUGAAAGCAAGUAAGUUUACAAUAUUGACUGAGCUGUUCCAAGAAGAGGAGCAGAUUCUGAGCCCCACUUCAACAACCUCUUCAGGAGGACGCACUCUAUUAUCUCGUACAAAUCUGCGCACACUCAAACCCAAGACUGACCAAGCAAGCAAGGAGCACAAGAAAACUGUUGGCCAUCAGUUCAGGAAUUCUCUACACCUUUUGAUGGAGACUCUCAAUGCAACAACCCCACACUAUGUUCGCUGCAUUAAGCCAAAUGAUUUCAAGUACCCAUUUACAUUUGACUCCAAACGAGCAGUGCAGCAGCUUCGAGCUUGUGGUGUAUUGGAAACAAUACGUAUCAGUGCAGCUGGAUUUCCAUCAAGGUGGACAUAUCAAGAGUUCUUCAGUCGUUAUCGUGUCUUGAUGAAGCAGAAGGAUGUCCUAAGUGACAGAAAGCUUACCUGCCGGAAUGUCUUGGAGAAUCUAAUUCUGGACAAGGAUAAAUACCAAUUUGGAAAGACAAAGAUUUUCUUCCGUGCUGGACAAGUGGCUUAUCUGGAAAAGAUAAGAGCUGACAAGUUGAGGGUGGCCUGUAUCCGUAUCCAGAAGACCAUACGCGGUUGGCUGUUGAGGAAAAAGUAUCUCCGCAUGAGGAAGGCGGCUAUAAACAUUCAGAGAUUUGUCCGAGGGUAUCAGGCUAGAUGUUAUGCCCAGUUUCUACGCAGAACCAAAGCAGCAAUCAUUAUCCAGAAGUUUCAGAGGAUGUAUGUGGUUCGGCAGAAAUAUCGCCGCAUUCAGUCUGUUACACUUGCCCUCCAGUCUUAUCUUCGAGGUUAUGCAGCCAGGAAGAGGUAUCAAGAGAUGGUUCGAAACCACAAGGCCACCAUUAUUCAGAAGAAUGUCCGUGGCUGGUUGGCUCGUGUCUCCUACAGGAAGCAUUUGGAAGCCAUUGUUUACUUGCAGUGCUGCUAUCGCAGGAUGAAGGCCAGGCGAGAACUAAAGAAGCUGAAGAUAGAGGCUCGCUCUGUGGAGCAUUACAAGAAGCUGAAUGUCGGCAUGGAAAACAAAAUUAUGCAACUGCAGCGUAAAGUUAAUGAACAGAAUAAGGACAACAAAUCCUUGGUGGAGAGGCUGACGCACCUGGAAAUUACAUACAGUGCAGAGAAAGAUAAGCUACGAAGUGAUCUGGAUCGUCUUCGACACUGUGAAGAAGAAGCAAAGAAUGCCACAAAUCGAUUGAUCACUAUGGAAGAUGAGCUUUCCAGGCUUAGGCGCGAACUACUGCAAACAAAGACUGAAAAGAAGACCAUAGAAGAAAAGGCAGAAAAAUAUAAAACCGAAACAGAACUGCUUCUCACGGAACUGAAAGAGCAGAACUCUCUGCUGAAGACAGAAAAGGAAGCAUUAAAUCGCUCAAUUCAUGAGCAGGCCAAAUCAAUGAAAGAAACAAUGGAGAAAAGAUUAUUAGAAGAAACCAAACAGUUGGAGCUUGAGUUGAAUGAUGAAAGAAUGAGGUAUCAGAAUCUUCUAAAUGAAUUCAACCGUUUGGAAGAACGUUAUGAUGACCUCAAAGAUGAGAUGCACACUAUAACCAUUCCAAGACCAGGGCACAAAAGGACGGAUUCAACUCAUAGCAGCAAUGAAUCUGAAUAUACUUUUAGCUCUGAGGUCACUGAGUCUGAAGACUUCUCAUUCCGCAUUGAGGAGCCCACAGAUAAAAAAGCACCACUGGACAUGUCUCUGUUCCUGAAGCUUCAGAAACGUGUUAAAGAAUUGGAACAGGAAAAGCAAACACUACAAAACGAGCUAGACAGAAAAGAAGAGCAAAUCAUCCGGGCUAAGAAUAUGGAGGAGACUAAAGCCCCAGUCAGAAGUACAGAGCUGGAGUAUGAAUCACUUAAGCGUCAAGAACUGGAGUCUGAGAACAAAAAGCUGAAAAAUGAUCUGAAUGAGCUGAGGAAGGCUGUGGCUGAUAAAGCCAGCCCCGAUGCUGGUGGUCCAGGGUCUCAUGUUUAUAGGGUCCUGAUGGAACAGGUGACAUCUGUAAGUGAAGAACUGGAAGUGCGCAAGGAAGAAGUCCUCAUCCUCAGGUCUCAGUUAGUGAGCCAAAUGGAAGCCAUUCCACGCAAGGACACCAUGACUGAUUCUAUGGCUCUGUCAGAAGAUGUGCAGAAAAUGAAAGAUAAAAGGGAGAUUGCCCAGGCGUAUACAGGCAUGAAGGAAACAAACAGCACCCUCCCUCAAGACUACCAAAUGCUGAAUGAGGAUGGAGAACUUUGGCUGGUAUAUCAAGGGUUAAAACAGGCCAACAGGGUCCUAGAAUCUCAGCUCCAGACACAGAAAAAGAGUUAUGAGAAUGAAGUUGAAUCUCUCAGAGGUGAAAUCCAGGGUUUGAAAGAGGAGAACAACCGUCAACAGCAACUGCUGGCGCAAAAUCUGCAGUUGCCACCAGAGGCCCGUAUUGAAGCAAGUUUACAACAUGAAAUCACUAGGCUGACCAAUGAGAACCUGUUUUUUGAGGAAUUAUAUGCAGAUGACCCCAUGAAGUAUCAGUCGUACCGGAUUUCACUUUACAGACGGAUCAUUGAUCUGAUGGAACAACUUGAAAAGCAAGAUAAGACAGUCCGCAAACUGAAAAAGCAGCUGAAAGUAUUUGCUAAGAAAAUUGGGGAGCUGGAAGUGGGUCAGAUGGAGAAUGUAUCUCCUGGUCAGAUAGUGGAUGAGCCCAUUCGUCCUCUUAACAUUCCACGCAAGGAGAAGGACUUCCAGGGAAUGCUGGAGUACAAGAAGGAUGAUGAAACCAAGCUUAUUAAGAAUCUUAUAUUAGAACUGAAGCCGCGGGGUGUUGCAGUGAAUCUUAUUCCAGGAUUGCCAGCAUAUAUCUUGUUUAUGUGUGUACGCCAUGCCGAUUACCUAAAUGAUGACCAGAAAGUGCGCUCAUUACUCACGUCAACCAUUAAUGGCAUUAAAAAGGUUUUGAAGAAAAGAGGUGAUGACUUUGAAACAGUGUCCUUCUGGCUUUCCAAUACUUGUCGUUUCCUGCAUUGCUUGAAGCAGUACAGUGGAGAAGAGGGUUUUAUGAAGCACAACUCUUCACGGCAAAAUGAUCACUGCCUGACUAAUUUUGACCUUGCUGAGUACAGACAAGUGCUAAGUGAUCUGGCUAUCCAGAUCUAUCAACAGCUGGUCCGAGUGAUGGAGAAUAUCUUACAGCCAAUGAUUGUUUCAGGAAUGCUGGAGCAUGAGACCAUUCAGGGAGUUUCCGGGGUAAAGCCCACAGGUCUUCGUAAGAGGACCUCAAGUAUAGCAGAUGAAGGAACCUACACCUUGGACUCUAUUGUCAGGCAGCUGAAUACUUUCCAUUCAAUAAUGUGUCAGCAUGGUAUGGAUCCAGAACUCAUCAAGCAGGUUGUCAAGCAAAUGUUUUACAUAAUUGGAGCGGUUACACUGAAUAACUUGCUCUUGAGGAAAGACAUGUGUUCUUGGAGCAAGGGAAUGCAGAUAAGGUACAAUGUGAGUCAGCUGGAGGAAUGGCUCCGUGACAAGAAUCUAAUGAACAGUGGUGCAAAGGAAACACUAGAGCCAUUAAUUCAGGCUGCCCAGUUGCUGCAGGUCAAAAAGAAAACAGAUGAAGAUGCAGAAGCCAUAUGCUCCAUGUGCAAUGCUCUUACUACUGCCCAGAUUGUAAAAGUAUUGAAUCUAUAUACUCCAGUUAAUGAAUUUGAAGAAAGAGUCUUGGUAUCGUUUAUACGUAACAUACAGAUGCGUUUAAGGGACAGGAAAGACUCCCCUCAGCUGCUAAUGGAUUCUAAGCACACCUUCCCUGUCACUUUCCCAUUUAACCCUUCAUCUCUUGCUCUAGAAACAAUUCAGAUCCCCGGCAGUCUUGGUCUUGGGUUCAUUUCACGUGUCUGAAUGCAGUUGUACUGCCUGCUGUUGAAGUAACUAAAAACCAUUCAAAGCCUGCUUGGACAAUGUAUAUUUCAGCCCCCUGAAUAGCACUGGAAGCAUUCUGGGACCUGUGCAACCUCAUUAGGCAUCAAAUACUCAGUCUGUGUAACAUGUAUACCAUUUGUAAAGACUAAUACGUUUGCACUCAGUACGAUCAAUCAUUGUUAUUGUCUAAACAAAAAGUUUAUGGCUCGGUACUUAGCUGGGAUGCAUUAAACAUAACCAAAUUGGCAGACCCCAAACAAAGAUGGUAGCGAGAAAGUUAUUAAUAAAGAAAAACUGUAACUUGAAGCAUAGAUCAGAGUGGUAUGGCAUCUUGUGAUAGCAUAUUAGCCAUCGAUAUAGGUGUACACACACUUGUGCCAAUACACAAACAUGUUUCCUUAUUUAUGUCAGUUUGAUAAUAAUGAUAAAAAGUAUUGAAAAAAGUCAGCUUAUUGUAAAGCAUAGAUGUUUAUUUGUUAGCUUUGUGGCUUACUAUGCAUAUUAAAUUGCAGCAGUGUAUUGUGUGUCUCUAAUGUUACAAUAUCCUUAACAGGAAAUGCAUAAUAAAACAAUUCAUCUCUUUAUUAUCAAGUAUGUUUACAGUUCAGUAUAAUAUUAUUGGUCUAAGUUUUAACAAUUGAUGAAUAUUUUACCUGGACAGCACCUUAAGCACAUAGAUUACUGGAAAAAUACAUUUUUUUUAAAUAAAUAAUAAACAGCCUUAAAUGAACAAAUGAAAGAGUUGUGUAGUAUAAAAGGCUUUUUAGCUUUUCCUAGGAUUUUUUAAGCCAUGUUUGAAUGUUUCAGGUCAAUUUGAUAUUGUGCAGACAAUGAUACGUGUAAUGUUUUAUUGUUUUUCAUUGUGUUUUUGCUAUUUUUUUCAGGGUUUUAUAUUUUACUUUUUUGUGUUUCAAUACACAUUUAUUUAUUUAGGUCAGACAAGGAGAUUUUCUGAUUCACUUGCACAUUUAAUAUUCAAGUUGUUCACCAAUUAAUUACAAGAAUGUUCACUCAUUCAUUCGUUAGCCUUCUUCACAAAGGAGUUGCAAAGCAAUAUUGAAAACAAUGUUAUCUCCUGGGUUGCAGUUUAAAGGCAAAAGUAAAGAGAGUAUGAUACUAUAGGCUUGUCUUUUAUGUAACGUACGUGUAUAAUAAAUAGAGAAACCUACAUAUUCAUGGCAGAA